CCCAGCUGACCGUGUUUUCAUCAAUCUUCCUGCUGCCUCAAUCGCAAUCGUCUGCUGCCGGAAUUUUUACGACGAAAACGCGUUUGUGAUUUAUUGACGACACGCACGACUGAAGUCCUCUUUUCAGAUUUUAUACUUGACCAGUUGACUUCAGAAACGAAGAAGAUGUCCAAUUCCGCAAGUCCCAGAACGACGCAAACACCAAACAUCGACUACGGUCAAUACCAGGAGACUGUAACAGAGAAACUGAAGAGGAAGGCUGUCAAUGAACCGUUCGUUCCGCUUGGUCUCACCGCAUUGGUUGGUGCUUUGGUGUGGGGCGCAGUCUCAUACAAGCACAGAAAGGGAAUGUCGACCUCCAUAUACCUGAUGAGGCUCCGUGUCGCUGCGCAGACGUGUGUAGUGGGCGCCAUGACCAUCGGAGCGGGAUACACAAUGUUAAAAGACUCCAAAAAGAAGGACUAAGAAGUAUGCACCCUAGCGCUUUUUAUCCUAUUUGAAUGCCUGCCAUAGAUAUACUUUUUAAUUGAGUCACGAACAUGGUGUUUUAAAAACAAUAGUUGGCCAGUACAUGUAGUAAUGAACCCUUAUGCACUGACGCCAUCACAAGUGCAAUGGAAGACACACAUCUGCGUACGCACAGUGCACAGGAUGGGCCAAUGAGCAACCUUGACCUCAAAACGAGGGCGCCCUAUUCUAAUGACGUCAUAUGCAAAAGGUCUAUAGUUACCAAAGUACGUGUAUCAGAAACUUUUUCAAUAUUUUUAAUCAUGUAGAAAGUUUUACUUCGCUUACCACAAAAGUGGUUUAAAAUAUUCAUACAUUUUUAAAGACAGUCGACACUAUUGGUAAUUGUCAAAGACUAGUGUUCACAGUUACAUGUAGUGUAUCU